AUGGGUGGUAUUUUUUCAAAUCCGACCAGGAAUUCUCAAGCUCCAGCUCCCGCUUCACCCGCACCUCUAGAGCAGAACGAGAUAACAAUUACUGGGUUAGCCACGGAAUGGCCUUCAAGACUCGUCACUCCAGAUGACCUUAAGGAAUUUGCUCACGGUUUAUAUCCCUCAGAUGCACCAUGGCUCAAACGAUUGCUCAAAAUCAACGAGCAGACGGGCAUUGAGACCCGCGCGGUGGUGGAUCUCUGGUCUGAUCCUCGAUGGCGUCGCAAAGAUCCUCCCAAGGCAGAAGAAGUGGAUGCGAUGUGGCGGCAAUACGGGGUCCAGAUUGCCAAGACCGCUGCUCAGAAGGCGCUGCUGGAUAGUCAGAUUCAUGAAAGCGAUAUUACACAUCUCGUAUCGGUCACAGCGACAAAUGCUGGAAGUCCAGGUUAUGAUCAGAUUGUUGCUCGCGAGAUGGGCAUUCCAGCGACUGCAGAGAGGUUAUUGAUCAGUGGCGUCGGAUGCGCAGGGGGGUUGGCGGCUUUGAGGAUGGCUUCUAAUCUGGCUAGAGCAGCCACUAGUCAAGGACGACCAGCUCGAAUCUUGGUACUGGCUUGCGAGAUUUGCAGUAUCUUUAUUUGUUCAGAGCUAUACGCUGCUUCUACUUCCCAGGACAUGGGAAUCGGAGUGGCUCUAUUCGGUGACGGUGCAGCUGCUCUCAUUGUGUGCAACUCCGAGGGCAGGAUUCGAGCGAACAAUGAGAAAAGUAUUCCAAGACGAUUCUCCAUUAUUGACUCACGCUCUCUCAUCACGCCAGGUACACAUGAUGAGAUGGAGGAUAAGGUGACCAGCACUGGUUUUCGGCUGGUGCUGUCCAAGAAUGUUCCCAACUUGACAUCUGCCUCACUUGCACAACCAUUUGAAAGUCUCAUUGUGGAGAAUGGAAUGCUUGGUGCUUCGCCAACAGACUUUGAUUGGGCGGUUCAUCCUGGUGGACUGUCCAUUAUAAAGGGGGCACAAGUUGCAAUGGGCCUUUCGGAUGAGCUAGUCGCAGCCAGUAAUGAGAUAUACAGGAGUCGCGGUAACACUUCUAGUGUUGCUGUUCUGGCGGUUUUGGAGAAGCUGAGAACCAUGGAGAUGAAGAGGCCGGAUGUUAUCGCCUCAAGUUUUGGACCAGGCUUAACAACUGAAAUGAUGCUUUUGAAGCGAUGGCAAUGA